AUGCAAUUUGAAGACGUCUUUGGAUUAGAUGACAUCUUGCAGCCAUCUUGUCAUUACCAGGUGACACGAGACCGAUGUGUGGUAACAGGUCGUGAAGAUGCCAAAUAUCUGUACGAAACAGCGUUGGCUGAUUCUGGACGAGUUCGAUUCGACUUAAACAAGGGAUUCGAUACGUUCGAAGAAAAGGAAGGUGACGAACGCCUCGAUGUGCUGUUGGACUGGAUCGCUACGCAGGCACCACGUGGUGGCCCAUUGAAAAAGAAAUAUUUUGCUCUCUUUAGAAAAGAAUCGAUGACGCAAAGAGACAAGAUGAUGUCAUAUUGGGGAUUCAAGUUCGAGCAAUAUAUGACAGUUACUGAGAAAGCCGGUGUGCCAAAUGUUGGUGAACCGGUGACCUGUCGAGAAGAAUUUGCAAUGGUUGUCAAAUCCACUCUUGCCGCUACAUCUGGACGUCCUCUACGGUUGGUUUAUAGCGGAGAAGUGGAUGCCAUCAAUAAAGAUGGAGAUCCAGUAGAGCUGAAGACUCAACGACAUGCUCUGGAAGGUACCUUUUGGAAGCAAAAAAGCAUGAAAUGGUGGUUGCAGUCAUUCCUUCUCGGAAUUCGUGAUAUAAUUGUUGGAUAUCGCGAUGAUGACGGAAUCGUGAAGAAGGUUGGGUUUGCACAUACGGAUGAGUUACCAAAAAGAGGUGAAUGGUCUGGAAAUGUCUGUAUGAAUCUGCUGUCUAAUGUGUUGACAUCGCUUCGUGAUUUACUGGAAGUAGAUGGCGAAGCGUGUCUGGUCCGUUAUGAACAGAAUCGCGACGAAAUUACGAUUCAUUCCGUGCCUCUUCCUGACAUCGACUUCUUCACGUAUGCCUUUCGAGUCCAUUUCAAUUUGGAAUAG